UAACAUAAAAAUAAAAAAAAUUAAGUGUCAUAACCAAAAAUCUUAGUAAAAUAUUAGCAUUUAAAAAAUGGUUUGUGCAAUGCAAGAAUUAACUGCUGCAGCAAUUGCUGCCAAUGAACAGCAGCAAACGCAACACCAACAACACCAACAACUGCAAGCAACACAGCAGCAGCAACAUUUUAACCCGCCGCAAAUGUUACAGCAACAGCAUCAACAGCCACAUAUGACAACGAUUGUCUUGCUAACAACACCUGCCCACAACCAAACACAUGCAACAGCAGUAGCAACAGCAAUGAACGGUGUUAGGACAACUACACAAACAACAGCAACAAAUCGUUUGCCUGCCAUGAAAAGUCAACAAUUGAAGCAAAAACAUUCUGCUUUGGUUAAAUUAUUGGAAUCGGCGCCAAUAACAAAGAGGUCGGCCACUAGUCCAAUAAUUAAACAGCAGCAACAACAACAACAACAACAGCAGCAGCAAAGACAAAUUGUUUACUUUACACAAGAACUGCCACAACAACAACACCAGCAGCAGCAACAGUUGUUGCAAAGUUUAGAAAAUACAAAAGUUGUGACACAACGCAAAAGACUGAAAAGCACAUUAACGCCAACAACAAAUGAACAACAACAAACAAAAAACACAUCGUUGUUGGUUGCUCUACCAACAUCAGCAAUUGUUGGCGCAAUUGAAAGAAACACAACAAUUGCCACAAAUAAUACAAAUAAUACAAAGACAACAACAACAAAUAGUAUUAAUAAUAAAAAUGUUGCCACAAUUAAAUUGGAAUCAUACGUCGAGCAACAUGAGAAUUGCAUAAAGCAGCAACUGAAACAUGCAGCAACAUGCAAUGAUAAUGAAUCAGGCAUUGAUGAUGAUCAUGAUGUUGAAAGCGAUCAUGAAAUUCCGCCCAAAAAAUUAGUAAGUACUGUAGUUAAUAGCAGCAAUAAUUAUACACCCGCCACCGAACAACAACAACAACAACAACAAAGUAAAGAAAAUUACGAACACUAUCAGUGUCCGUGGAAGAAAAUUCGCUAUGCUCGUGAGUGGAAACAGCGUGAACAACAACAACACCAGGAUCAAAAUCAAAACCAACAACAGCAGCAGCAACAACAAGCGAUGGCGGCAAAUUUGACAAAUGCCGUCGGCAAUAGUAACAAUGCCACCAACAUCGCUAACGCCACCGUCAAUGAAAACAGUCAAAAUUGUGAUACCGAAGCAAUGGACACCACCAAUGCUAGCCAUGAGCUGCGGCAGGAAGAGGAACAACAAUAUAGAAAUAUUGUUAUAAAACGUGAAGUAACCUUAUCCGAACAAACACACAAAGAAAUCACAAUGUUGUUGCAACAGCAGCAACAACAACAACUGCAGCAACAUCGACGUGAUAGUUCGGACAGUAAUUCAUCACUGCUUAGCAAUUCCAGUACGCAAUCGUUGAAUGGUUGUACGUGUACACCACAGCAACUAAAACUGCAGGAGCAAUGUGACAAUGAACGCAAGCAACGAGAAUAUUGCCAAUGCAAUGAUUGUCAACUGCAGGAUAUGGACUCAGGUUGUGAUGAUGAACUCUGUGAAUUGCAUCAUCAUCAACAGCAGACGCACUCUUUCUUAGAGCAGACAACCUUAAAUUAUUUGUGUCAGAAAUUUGAUGAAAAUUUGGAAACUUCUGCUAGCAACAACAACAAUAACAGCAACAAUAGUUGUAGUAAUGAUGGUGACAGCAACAAUGAUAACAUAUCAGCAACAACAAACGCACAUAAAAAUAAUAUAAAAAAUAAUGCCAACGCUGUUAGUGAAGAUAAGGAAGAAGCAGCGGCGGGAGCGGGAAAUGAUGGCUUUUUUCGUCGAUCCAUUCAGCAGAAGAUACAAUAUCGUCCAUGUACAAAAAAUCAACAAUGCAGUAUUUUGCGCAUUAAUCGCAAUCGCUGCCAAUAUUGUCGGCUGAAAAAAUGCAUAGCCGUCGGCAUGAGCCGUGAUGGUAAGUGA